GCAUGAAUGAGCACAACAUAUAGCAUAUGAAGUGAAAUGGGGGCUUCUCUAUCAGAGCUAGAGCAACCACCACAAUCACAGCCACAACAAACACAUCAACAUUCACAGUUACAGCCACACCAACACCGACAAAAUGAACCAACCAAUAAGGAAGAAUUACGAUUACCUUCGAGAAGGGAAAAUCUGUUGUUGUCUCCUCAAUAUCACACAAAAUCACCCUCCAGCAAGAAGGCGGUACAAAACUCCACAGUUGUAAAAUGCGAUGAGACUCAAUCAGCAACCAAACCUUUGAUCAAAGAACUAAGUUUGUCACACAACUAUGAGCACAUAUUGAAGGAUGCAGAUUCACCGGUUGAUAAAUCUUCAAGGGAAAAGAUGUGUGAUCAGCUAUAUGCUGGAGUGUUCUUACAUCAUAAGACUAAGAAAUAUUGGGUAGAGAAGAACUCCAAAGCCAACUGUUUCAUGUUGUAUGCAAGAGCACUCUCAAUCACCUGGGCAGAAGAUCCAAAUUAUUGGAAAUGGAUACAGCAAAAAGAUGUUAGUGAGGGGACGACUGAGGUGGCUGAACUGAAGAGAGUAUGUUGGCUAGAAGUUCAUGGAAAAUUCGACACAAGGAAGCUUUCACCAGGAAUUCUAUAUCAAGUUUCAUUUAUUAUAAUGUUGAAAGAUCCAGCUCAGGGUUGGGAACUUCCAGUAAAUGUUAGACUUGUUCUUCCAGGAGGAAAGAAGCAACAACACAAGGAAAAUUUAAUGGAAAAGUUAAGGGCACGGUGGAUAGAGGUUCCAGUUGGUGAGUUUGUAGUAUCUGAAAAAGAUGGUGGUGAGAUGGAGAUAUCAAUGUUUGAAUAUGAAGGUGGUAUGUGGAAACAAGGGCUUGUCAUCAAAGGCAUUGCUAUCAAACCAAAGAUAUUUACGUAAUGUGUGAAAAAAACUUGUUUCCAUUUAUAAUAAAUAAAUAGAAGAAACAAAUCACCAUGAAGAGUCUGUCUGUGUAAUUCAUAAUAUGAAGGUGUGGUGAUCCAUGUUUGACACAGCAGAGCUAAUUGCCUCUUAUAAAUUUCAUAAACUCAAUAAUAUAUUUGCUGUCCCAACAUAUUAUAUAUUG